AUGGAUGAAUUAAAGGAAGAGAAGAUGAAUGGAGGCACUGGCGGAUCCACAGAGGCGCAAGGAGGUGCACUGCACCUCCUCUCGUCGGAAACUUCCUUGGGGAUGCCAGAAUUUGCCCUUUUGCUAGUGCCCACCAAUUGUUUGACUAAAUGCCUCAAAGACGUUGUAUUGUUUGCUGCAUUGGGAGACCCUGAAUAUUUACCUUAUAUUGUUGGGCUCAAUCUCAUGAGCAUGUAG